CUUUUUCUUUCUGAUCUUAUAGUAAAGGAAGUAGCCAAAAGAUAAAUUGUUGUAACUAAUUCACAUAAGAAGAAAUGGAGUUGCACUCAGACUCGCUCUACAAGGGACUAUUGCAAAGUCCAGAAUUGUCUGAGUAUAUACUGGAGACUGCAGUGUACCCAAGGGAGCCAGAGCUUCUCAAAGAGAUCAGAAUUAUAACUGAAAAUCAUCCACUGAGUAUAAUUGCAAGUGCACCAGAUUCUGGCCAACUGAUAUCCCUACUACUGAAACUGAUAAAUCCCAAAAAGACUAUUGAAAUUGGAGUCUUCACUGGAUAUUCAUUGCUCCUUACAGCACUUGCAAUUCCUCGAGAUGGAAAGAUUACAGCAAUAGACUUGGACAGGGAUGCAUAUGAGAUGGGAUUACCAGUUAUCAAAAAGGCUGGAGUUGAGCAUAAAAUCAACUUCAUACAAUCAUUGGCAUUAACAGUGCUUGAUGAACUCUUGGAAGAUCAUGAAAAUAGAGGAAGUUUUGAUUUUGCUUUUGUUGAUGCUGACAAAGUUAAUUAUCAAAAGUACCAUGAGAGACUAUGGAAGUUGUUGAAGGUGGGUGGUAUAAUAGUAUAUGACAAUACACUAUGGUUUGGGACAGUUGUUAUGCCAGAGGGAUCUGUUAUGGAAGAAAGAAGAGAAGACAGGCUUCACAUCAUUGAAUUUAAUAGGUUUCUAGCUGCUGAUGAUCGCUUUCAAAUUUCUCAAGUUUCUUUAGGUGAUGGAAUCACAAUUUGCAGGCGACUCUGAAGAUUCUGCCGUCUAGAGAAAGAAUUAGGAUUAAAGGUUGUCGGUUUUUAGCUGUUGCGAUAAUCGCUUUCAAAUCUCUCAAGUCCCUUUAGGUGAUGGAAUCACCAUUUGUAGGCGACAGGAUUUGAAGUUUGUGGAUUCAGAGAGGCGAAAUAAAAGCCUAGAUGGUGACCAAGGAGAUUCAAGGGACUUUGAUUUCUUCUUUGUUCCUUCUAGGCAUAAUAUAUCUCUUUAGUAGUUGUUGUUGCACUAAUUAUCUAGCUACAAUGUAUCUUUCUUUUUAAAUAAUUUCUCCAUGUUGCACUUGUUUGGAAACAGCAUACGACAUAAAUGUAAGGUGAGGCUACGUACGAUUGUUGCUGCACUAAUUAUAAGCUACAAUGUAUCCUUCCUUUUAAAUAAUUUCUCCAUGUUGCACUUGUUUGGAAACAGCCUCCGACAAAAAUGUAAGGUAAGGCUACGUACGAUUGUUGUUGCACUAA